AGGCUACUGUAGCCGGCCCAAAAACUAUGGGAAAAUUCUUCUUCUUCUUCCCCUGGGCAGUUGGGGGUUCCUGGAUCGAACGCCUAGGGUUUGAACGAGCACACGAGCCACCAGCCCACCACCACCACCACCACCACUAUCACCCACCAUGAAACGGCCGCCACCACGCGAUGAAGCGGCGGCGGCGGGCAGCAGCGGAGGAGGGUUCAACAAGGGAAAGGGGAGGUGGGGCGGGAAGAAGCGGAACGAGCAGCGGCUGGGAGGCAGCGGCGGGGCGCUCUCCCUCGCGGCCUUCGCCAACGCCAAGUCCAGGAACACCGGCUACAACCCGGCACUCAUCAAGAAGCAGAAGGAGUUCUACAGGAAUGCUAAAUUGAUUAGCAAGUACAAGAAGUCGAAGAAGCACCAAAAUCAGUCAAACUAUCCUCCACUUCCAACCCCUGAGGAAGGAGGUGCUGAUGCAUCGGAUGUGCCAAAACCACAUGAUAAGAGGAAGAAGCGCACUUCACAAAGCUUGAAUGUGGAGUACGAGAAGAAACGUGUAGAGGAUGAGAAGGCAAAGAAGGAGCGGGAUGCGAUGAUACAGGCCAAGAAGGAGGAGCGAGAGAAGUCUGAAGCGAAGAGAAAGGAGCUUAGGGAGAAGAUGUUCAAGAGGACACGAUCCGGGCAGCCUGUGAUGAAAUACAGGAUCGAGCAUCUCUUGGAGACUGCACUAGAAAGCUCAAACAACGGCUGUUCGGGGGAUGCAGCAUCAAAGGUCCAGCGGCUGUUCGGGGGAUGCAGCAUCAACGGCGGCCACGCGAAUAGAUAUGUGGUGGAGCGGGAAUAGUACGGCUUUGACUUGCCACGUCUAGGCGCCAUCGGCCUCUACUACAAUGGCUCUGUGGCACGUGCAUGCGUACGAGGUGUUGAAGCUCCCGUGAUGACGUUCGACUCUCUCUGAGGUGCGGUAUUUCGUGUUUGCAAAAGGAUGGCUGAUGAUGUGUGGCGACCCCCGGAAAUUAAUUGCACUAAGCUGAAUGUGGAUGCAAGUUUUUUGGCUGAUUGUCUCCAAGGAAGUACAGGGGUAGGUGUGCGCGAUCAUGAAGGCAAACUCAUUCGUGCCCAGGCACUAUGGUAUGAACAUGCAGCCAAUUCUUUUGUUACGGAGGCGUUGGCUAGAGAUGAAGUCCGACUUGCAGGUAAUAUGGGUCUCCGGAACAUUAUCAUCGUUGAAACUGAAGCUUUGGCUAUUACGAAGCUCUGGAAUACCAAUAAUUUUGGGCGUUCAGAAAUUGCUGUUGUGCUUCAGGAAAUUAAAGAGCUUUCAGAGAAUUUUCAGUUC